AUGCGCAUGCGCACAUUUUUCGUCCUCGUAUUGGUCACCGUAUGCUCAAGCUGCGUUAAUUUUGCCAAUGCCAAGACUGAAGGCGGCAUUCUAGCUGCUGAUUUAACAGCUAAGUUAAAAAAUACUUUCGGCGCAAGGUUCGCGGAGGUAAAAGAAGAAAAUAAUGUCCUUACAAAGGUUGCACAAGUCCAUGAAAAGAUGGAUAACGCAGCUUUCACACAUGUUGUGGAAUUAGAAGCACCGAACAAACUCGUGCAAAAAAUGAUUGAAAUGGAUGCAAAGGGAACGUGGUCAAAGGAACAUGCCGAAGCUCAGUUGCAUCAAUAUCUAAAAAAUAUUGAUGCGGCUGGAUGGAUGAAGGAGACUCCAGACGGAUUGAGGCUGAGGAGAAUUGCGGUCAAAGCGGCGGAGGUAGUGGCGGCGAAACCGUCCACGUGGUCUAUUUUUAAUGUCAUUGUUCUGAUCCAAGCAGCGGUGCAGCUUCGUGGCGAGUCUGUCAAGCAACGGUCAGAUGACGACUCGUGGUCAAUUCGGCGGCUGUGCGGUACGCUAAGUCGUACCAAACUCUUCGUUAUCGAGUUGAAAGCAAAAGAUAAAGUUCUGUAG